AUGCGUUUAUCCUUAUAAAAGAAAACUACUAAAAAAAAAAUAAACGAAGAAGAAGAAGAAGAUAAUCCCGAAUUAUAUAAACCUCGUCCUGAAUUAAUUUAAGAAGAAGACUAAGAUGAAAACAAAGAGAAAAAAGGUAUUUAUUAAGUCCCCAAAUUACAGGCAGUUUUAAAUAAGGAUAACUAAAUAAAAGAAAAGGAGAAAAUAUAAGAGAAAAGGAGAUAAACUUAUCUCAAAAGAAAAUUAGCUGAAAAUCUAUCUAAAGAUAUAGAUGAAUUUAAACUUAAUAAUAGGCCUAUAGUCGAAAGAUUUGGGGAAAAAGAUAAAUUAGCAAAAUAAGAAAAGGAAAGGAUUUCAUUUGAAGAAAGUAAUUAUAUAAGAUUACCAGUUACAAAGAAAGAUAAAUUCAGAUAGAAAAAUAUGGAAAAGAAAAGAGAAGAAUUCGAAAAAAUAGAUGAUUUAUAAGAGCUUAAAGAUAUCAGAGAGUUACUUUAUUAUGAAGGACUUGCUAAUAAUGAAGAUAUACAAAAAAAAGAACUAGCGAAAGUUUAAAAGUCAAUUAAAAAAUAUACUUUUAAAACAUAAAAAAGAUUAAAAAAUAAAAAAUGA